AGGCCUUAAAAGGGGCCUCUUAUGCCUCACAGGAAUGAACUUUUCCCACCUCAUCACCACAGUCUCUCAUUCCUUGAACACACAAUCAUUUGAAUCUGACCAUUCUACAAUAUUUCAACAUGCGAUUCUCUGCAUCCGUCUUCACCGCAGUGGCCUUGGCCUCUGUGGCCAUGGCUCUUCCAACCGACGUUCAGACCGUCGACUUGGCUGAGCGUGACUUCGUUGUGGAAACGCGUGAUCUCUCCGGCCCCUCGUCUAAAGUCGCUCCCAACACCGAGCUAGCCGUCCGCCAGCUUCCCCCCUCCAAGCGCAAGAACCUCUUCACCAUCACCCUCAAGGGUGGCAACGUCAUCUUCAACGGCGACAUCAAGUUCAUCCUCGAGACCGUCGUCGACACCACCAGUAAAGUCACUACUUUCCACCUCAACCCCUUAGUCGGUGGAAGCCCUGGAUCAACCGCUUCCAUGCGCAGCUAUGAGUUAAAGAAGAACUUCUUCGAGUCGACCAUCAACCGCGUCUCGGCUGAGGUGUCCUUCACUUACAGGACCGCAUCUGGUGUCAUCUACAACUUCCUUGCCAACGUUGUCUACGGAAUCGACUCUCGUCUUAGUCUCAAGCUUGAGGAUGUUCAGCUCUUUGACAUUGAGAAGGCUACUCAGCAGAUUGCUGGCAAAGCGGCCACCAACCUGUUCCUUGGUUCUUACGAUGAUGACUACAAGGACUUGUAGAUGAAAAGUCUACAAGAACUUGGAACCGAGGUCUCCUAUCAAUGGUGCCGUAUCUUGUCAAAGAAACUUUGUUCCUCUGUUUCAAGUCAC